UGGGUUUGAAGACACACUUUGUAAUGUGGGUCACUCACUCACAAGCCACACAGGUCUGUCCACCAUAGUUUCGCAGGAACGCAGGUGUAAGUCGGUAUACGCGUCACGUGACACCAGCUACCCAAUCAGCAGCAGAGUUUCAGGUCUCUCCAGGUGCACUUGAUAAACCAGAAGGCUGACGUUUACGUCGUCCUCUCAGCGGCUCUGCUUCACGUAACGAAACUGUAAUAACGUCAAACGCAAGUUUAUGGAUGGCUAUGUAGUUUUGUAAAGGAAAAGGAAGAAUCUUUAGUCGCUUAAUUUAUCAAGGAGGACGAGGAAGACUUCUGCUUAUGGCUGUGAAUCCGGUCACUUUUAUUUUGGUCUCUGUUGUCGGAUGGAGCUUCCAGGCAGCCGGUAAGGAUGUUCAUAUGAAACUUUAUUGAAGGCUAGUUACUCUUGUUUGAUGAACUCAGAUAUGAUACUUUUACUUUUGACCAAAAACACUGAUCAUAAAUUCACUAAAGAAGUUGUUAUUGCUACUGUCCUCUACAAACUAGUAGUCAGGGAGGGAGGUCUUAAAAGCAGGUCAAGACGCAUGUUGUGAGGAGGGUCAGAGGGGGCUAUCUGUCACUCAGUCACAUGCUGUUGCCUGGCGACAUGAGGACCCAGACCCGGACUUCGGACCCGGAUGUGUGUCCAUGCUGUGUUCAAGUAUCGAGAAAAAUACAAAAAAGGGAAGAGGAGUCAGGGAGGGCAAAUCGGGAUAGAUGUUCCUUUUGGUAUCAGGCACGACGAGCGCAUGCGCUUCAUAUCCCGAAGAACAGGUCCAGGUUUCUAAGGACACUUCUUAUUUGAGUGGGUACUCUCUACAAACUGCCCUGAUAAACCAUAAUCGAGGUGUGGUAGACUAGAUGUUUCAUUUGGGUUCUUGCCUCUGAAUCUUGUCUUUAAAACAUAAGAUUCAGAGUCAGCAGGAUUCAGUUUGACUAAGUCUUCCGGAGUGAAAGAGUAAACACCUUCACCUCCUUCUAUGCCAAAAGCUUUAAGAGUAUGCAAACAGACUGCACACACAUAGACUGUAUGCAAAGUGUUUUUAAGAAGACGGACAGCCAUUUCAUGCUCUUAUAGGGCGAAAAGUAAAGAACAGGACAGACUGACAUGUCUUAAUAAAUCAAAACUGCAGUUUCCAUUUAAAGCUGUGACUUUUUAUUUCAAUGGAAUUAAAAAACAACCAUAUAAUUGUUAGAAAAGUGUCUGGGCCCAAGAGUUUAUAUUCAGCACAAAACUUGAGGAACAUAAAUAUUGUGAAACUGAAAUGUUACUCUCAAAUAUUCUUCAAUUAUAUAUAUAUAUAUAUAAAUCCUUGAUUUUGUGCUUUCCAAGACUCGCCAUAGCUUAUUGCUGAAUUGGUUCAAGCCUUACAAAGCAGACAAAAGGUGGCAAGUCAAAAAUGUGUCACAGGAGUGACCUUACUUUACCUUACAAAAUGGCAUCUUAAAGACGGUGUGUACACAGACUUUGAAGUUUUGGAAACUCCCCUAUUGAGUUACUUAAUGAGUUACUUCUUAUUUCUGAUUCUGAAUGAGGAAAUAACUUCUGGAAAGAGAAGUAACCCUGAAUUAAGUGUGUGAAUGUGUUUUGUAUCUGUUUGCAGCCCAGACUUGCAUAAAUGAGAGCAGGUUUUCAGAGCAGGUGGUCCAUGUAGGGCGACAUUGGCCUCCUUACCAGUUGAGGUGUCCUCUGGAGCUUGUUCAGCCCCAGAACUCAUCCCAACUCAAGGUGAGCUGGCAGAAAGACUGUCAGCGGCUCCCCGACCAGGACGGUAAAGCCUACCUGCAGUUUACCAGCCUCAAAGUGGAAGACCAAGGGAACUACACCUGUAUGCAGCAGAAUGAUAGCACAACUUCAUUCACCGUGUAUCUCAUAGUUAAAGGUAAGUGUCACUGGAAAUUAUAUGAAGGGGUUAGCUUUUAAAUCUGCCCGUAUAUACAGGAUGAAACAGAAAGUAAAAUGGAUUGGCUGCACCUGUGAGGAGGCAUAUUAUUUCAGCCUCCCCUGCAGCAGCAGGUUACAUGAAGGCCUCUAUUGUCCAGAGCUCAGGCUGGAAACACAGACAACAGAGGUAUGUUUUCACACAGAUUCCCAGUGCGCCAAAGUCCCAGAAUUUAAACCGAAUCGAAACAUGACCAGAGUCUACGGAUUCACUGAGGGAUUCCCAGUGAAACUGAACUGCACUGUUCUCCUCCUCUGGGACCCACAAGAGGAGCAAUGUGACACCACGCUCCGGUGGAGUAAAGAUGGCAAACCCCUCACCAGUGACACACUUCACACCCUGAAGACCUCCAUACGGUGAGCUGAAGCUUUAAAAAAAAAUCUAUCGCUUCAUUUCCUUUAAAUUAUUUUUUAAUAAGAACGAUAAAACUAUGCAAGAGUCAGCAUUUGAGAUGAACUUUUGUGUCAUAUGUUUAAGGUAUCCUGUUGCUGGCCAGCUGAUCGUGAACAGUCUGCUGGAGAUCACCAUCGGAGAUCGGGAUGAUUUUGGGGUCUACAGCUGCACAGUGAGGAAUCUUUCCUCUGUCUUUGAAGUACAGGAUAUAGGUAAAACAACCAAGAUAUCUACGAACAGUAUGUACCGGUAAUUGCUGCUUAUGAAAAAUGCAAUAUAUGAAAUAUAUAUAUAUAUUUGUAAAGCGUCUUAGAGCACCUGUAAAAGCGUGUUAUAUAUUAUUAUUAUUAUUAUUAUUAUUAUUAUUAUUAUUAUCAUUAACAAUAAUAAUAAGGCAAACGGUCUGUCCUGUUUUGUAAUACAAAACACCGUCUUGAUCCAAAAACACACAUGUGCACACACACACACAUCCAUCUAGAUCAAAAAAAGAAAGAAAGAAAAAUCUAAAAAAAGAGGUGCAGCUGUCCCAAUCAGAAAUAAUAAUAAAAAACAUUCAAUAAAUAUUAAAAACAUCUCCAAAACUACCAGAAUAUUUUUGUUGAAGGAAAUCCAACAGUUCCAUGAUUUGCAUCCACUUUAUUCAUAAAAAUGCCCUUUUGUUACUUACAACAUUCAACCAUCACAGACUCACCCAGUCCUGCUCCCAGACACAUUACAUACAGAUGUGUAAAAAGAAUUUGUUGCACUUGAUCUUUUUGAUGGUUUAAACUUGACUAAUCGAUGAUUGUUUGAUUAUUUGUUGUUGUUGUUUUACCGUGUGUUCUCAGACAUCCCCAGCCACACAUCUGCUGUCGUUGCGGCCAUCAUCUUGCUCCUCCUCCUUGCUCUAGCUGCCAUCAUAUACGUUAAAUGUCACCUGAACAUCAAACUCUGGUACAAGAACUCCUAUGGAGACUAUGAACUUAAUGGUGAGACCUUCUGUUGACAAGAUAAUGCGCUGCAACACUCGUGUUUAAGAGCACAGUGUUAAUUUCCCUUGAAUGUUUGUGCCCUCUGUUCUUCAGAUGGAAAAUUGUAUGAUGCUUAUAUCUCCUAUGUGAACAACGAUUAUGACCGGAAGUUUCUCACCUUUGUUCUUAAACCUCAUCUGGAGAGUAAACAUGGGUACAAAGUGCACCUCAAUGACAACGAAAUUCUCCCUGGCUUAGGUAAGCUUUGUGUCUUGUUUACUAUUUGAUUUAUUGUUGAUGUGGUUUCUCUUGGUCUUAAUAAUCUGGUAGUUUAUGACCUGUUAGUUAGGAGGAUUCUGCUGAUUCUGAUAAGCUUGGCUCAUUUAAAGAUGUGCAACAGCGGGAUGUAAAUUGUGAGAAUGGAUGAAUAGAUUUUUAGUUCAUAGAUAAUUUUACAACGGGCAGGCAAAAACCUGAAAAACCUUUUUGUAAAGCUGGAUGCAAACAGCCUUUGUAAACUGCAGCUGUGAAACAGACCUCUGCCUUACUUCUGUCAUUGUCAAACUGUUGAUCGUCCAGAGCCCUCUGCAGAGCUGCUGAUGAACAUGAGUCGCUCACGGCGUCUGAUCGUGUUGCUCUCUCACGCUUACCUUGAGCAGGACUGGUGCACAAAUAACUUCAAGUAAGUCGAAUAAAACAUCCAUAUAUGCUGUCUAAGAUCUGCAAAACAAAACUGUUGUGAGAUCACAGCAAUCCACCACAGGAGGUCAGUGUUGCAGCUUCAGUGUCAACAGUAUAUCCUGUCAUGUCACACUAACGCUGUGUGUUUUCAGACAGGGGCUCCAGCACUUAUUGGAGUUGAGUUCGCGGCCAAUCCUAAUCUUGCUGGAGGGUCAAUCCAAACGUAUGAGGAAUGAGGUCAAGGAGCAGCUUAUUGAGAACCAGCACUGCCUCACAAUCCUCACCUGGAAACACAACUCUGUUGUAAGAUCCGCAAUAACUUCACUGAAUGUGUUUAACAAAGAGCCCACUGUCUGAAAAAGCUUCAUAAAAGAACAAAUAAAAGGUGGCUUAUUAUUAUCAUCAGCGAUGUAAGUUAAUGUCACACAAGUUAGAUAAGCAGAAUCAUCUGCUUAAUUAAAGAUGAUAAAUCAUCCAGCACUGAAAACCCUGAAGCUCAGCCCUUGUUCUUUUGUCUGAGUAAAUGUGCUUUGAUUGAUUUGACUGACUGCAAAUCUGACAGUUUUAUCAGAGUUAAAUCAGAGCGAAGUGAAAUCCUGGGAGGCUCAUGAAUGAUUGUGACGUUACAUUUCUCCAGUCAAACUCUUGGCUCCUGCAAACCAAGAAAUCAUCAGUCUGGACAGCUUUUGAAACAGUGGUUUGCCUUAAACAAAUAAAUACAAAGGCGUGAGAGUAGAAAUGUGUGUAAGUCUACUGCGGUAUAUCUGAGUCCUUUGUGUGUGUGUGUGUGUGUGGUAUGUCUGUGACGUUCACAGACUCCAUCCUCCGUGUUUUGGAAGGAGCUGGCCUUAGCAAUGCCCCGCAGGGUGGUCUUUCACAGCGAGUCUGCAGGAGACCCCCAGACUAUGCUGCAAGAUGACAAGGACCCCAUGCUGACCCUCAACCCUGACUACCUUGACUGCCGCUCAGACACAGACCCUGCUGGAGAUCUUGGUAAGGACAGCAGUGGAACAAGUAUGAAUGUCAGGAUUUUUGCAUAAAGAUAAAUGUGAGGCAUUUCUAUAAACAUCAAAAAUUGUUCACAUUCUCCAACGUAACUGACAGAUUGUUAUAUGAAUGACACACUGUCUUGUCACUGCUGACAGUGCAAGGUGGAUUUUGUCUAGACAAUGUGCUGAAGUAAGCAGGCUGUUAUGUAACAACUAUCCUGUGUUGACUUGGAUCCAAAGAUGUAAAAUGCCUGUCAACACUUGCGUAUGUCUUGUCCUGUUUGUUGAAUAGGACAUAAAAUGUAAAGAAUUACAGCACAUACUCAAGUUUAAACCUGAUGGAGAGACUUGCAAAUCACUGCUGCUUUUCUUGUGCUACUUUGAAUCAACUAAAACAGGACAAAGUUCAUUUCAUCUUAAACUCAAGUACAAUGAGGCUUCAGAUCUUCAGGGUAUGACGAGCAUUUACCUUGUCUCUGUAUCAUCUCGUUUGGGCUGUUUUCUGUCUGAACAUACUGAGCAGAAGUUUAAGUCUAAUGGAUGGCUCAAGGCUGUCUUACUUGUAGUGAGCAGUUAAAUAGAUCAGUUAGAUUCAAACUGAGUCAGUGCUGUCCAAAGACAUGUGAUAAUAUCUAUGACUUCAACAAAUUAGAGGCAAAUCAUCUCUGAAUUAUUUUAUGAUGUUCCAGAUAUCUGUUUUAAAAGUGUGUCGAAGAGCUGUACAGUGUGUCUUAAAGAGGAUACAGUACAGUCAGCAGUAGGAAACUCAGAUAAUGUGCAGCGACCAGGAUGUUUUAAUGUUAAAGAGUAGGAUGUACAGGGUUUGGGGCUGAAUGAGGGGCUGAGUCAAAGGAAAGGGGAAGUAGAAGCCUCAUAGUGUACUUGUGGUCUGUGGUUUUGGUCCUGAUGGACUGCAGCCGUCUGCCAGAGGCGAGUGCCUCAGAGUUUUUGUCAGGAGUGGGAGGGGUUGGCCACCUUAUCACCUGAACUCUGCAGGGUCUAUUACAGAUUUCCUCCAAUCAUCUUCUUCAGAGAGACACUGAAAAGCUUUGAUUUGGUCACAGUAGUUUGCACCAAACAGAGACGAGGGGGUGAGGUAUUUACAGUGACGGAGUAGAAAUGCACCAUCUUUGUUCUUGGUGGGCUGAAUCUCAUUUGUUGCCCGGUCCGGGUCUUUAUGGUAAACUAAGCUGACCAGCUGCGCAAGUUUACAAUGAAGAGCCUGAAAGACCGAAGAAAGGGAACAGAAAAGGAGUUUCACAGAAAUAAAACUGUCGCACUGACUGAGGAUUUGUUUUCACAGGGCUUUCUCUCCCUGUGUAUAAAUCUCGGGCCGGCAGAGCUCCCGUCCUCCCUCCUGCUCCCAUCAACAACACCGAGCCCAAACCUUCAGACAUCGACGUGUCUGACUUGGGAUCACGCAACUAUGGCGCACGCUCGGACUUCUACCACCUGGUGACUGAGCAGGACAUAUGAUCCAAAGUCCCAUUUUUACCUCAGAGGAGUAACAUGUGGGGUCGUCUUUGGCGUGCCUUAUACUGCAAUUAUCCAUGCCAAUGUUAUCCAUGUGUUUGGUCGCAUUGUGUAUUGUGUUUUGUUUUCUGUCUGAUAUUAACAAAGACAGAUUUCUAAUUUUUUUUCUGUUUUGUAUGCUUUUGUGUUUUGUAAAAUAUUUUUUGUGAAUCAUUUGUGAGAAUCAGGGAAGAAGUUCUCGUUCAGAAAUGUUGUAUUACCGUCACACAGCUAAGCUCUGUCUCCAGCAGAGGGCAGAGUGCUGUCAGGUACAAUGAAGGAGUUCCUCUUUUGAAGCCAUUGGUGUGAUUUUGACAGCUGACAGCUCAACGAGGAGUGGGAAAGAUGAAGCCGAUACAUGUGAAAAACAUAUUUAAACCUGAAACACAGAUAUCAGGAGGGAGCUGUGACUGCCGAUCCCACCGUUAUUGACACACCUGUACCAGUGGGGGGUUUCUCGUGUCCUGUAACAACUUGACAAUCUAGUUAAUAAAGCAGUUUGAGGUAAA